UCCCGCACUGACGAUGGCUUAUUGGGGGCAUCCAGAGAACGCUAAAAAAGCGGGCUCCCUAGGUUUGCAGACUCGCUACGUACAAUUGUGCCCAUUGCGAUGGCGUCCUCCACUGUUGCUGCAUCCUCCGCGGGGGAAACGUCGUAUGCUACCGAUGAGACCUCUCAGCAACUGUGGUAUGAACAGUCCAUCAACGCAUCCGUCUACAUCGGCGCGAUGGCCUGGGGGCUGCAAACAGCCAUAUUCUACGCAACUACUCGCUCGAUACUGCACAGCAAGCGAACCGCCCAUCAUCUAUGGCUCAUCUUCGCGUUCACCAUGUUCAGCCUGACCACGAUCAGCAUCUGCUGCAACAUCAAUUUCAACCAGAGGGCGUGGAUUGACGAGCGCAAUUACCCUGGAGGACCGAUCGCAUUCUUCUCAGAUGAACAGUCCCUGCCAGUGAACGCUGCGUCGAUUACGACUUCCGUGAUUACGUUCUUCCUCGCAGAUGGACUCUUGAUUGCUCGUUGCUAUGCCUUGUGGCGCAACUUCUACAUUACGACAUUCUUGCUAGUGAUAUUGAUUGCCUCAACAGUGAUGUCUGUGCUGCACUGCAUUCAGGCCACUCGUGCAACUGGUGGUGCUUGGGACGACUCGACACUCAGCCUAUCAGUGCCGUACGCAUCGCUCGCAAUGUCCCUCAACGUCCUUUUGGUUAUCACCCUCUUAUGGAGACUCGUCGACCUUCGGCGGAAGCUUCCUGCUACGCUGAACGAGCAGGCCAGGACGACCUACACCAGCCUGGAAGCCAUCAUAGUGGAAUCAGCAUUCCCGUACGGCCUCGUGUCGUUCCUUUUCCUAAUACUGUAUGGUGUCCGCAACAUCGGCGCGAACCUCUUCCUGUCCCUGCUCGUGCAACUCGAGGGCAUUGUCUCGGACUUGAUCAUCAUGCGCAUCGCCAGUGGGAAUGCAUGGUCGAUGGACAUUCUCCGCCAGGUUGGGCCGAGGAAUGUGACGUUCCGCGGCCAACUGGGUCGAUCGGCGGACGGCUCGAGGACCCAUGACCUAUCCAUGAUGAUUCUGCACGACGACUCACAGGUUCCUGCAGACACGAAGACAUCUCCGGAUGAUCUGAUUUAGCUAAGUGCAGAGUUGCGCGCAUGCUGUGCUGGUACUAUACCUGCUUAUCGAUCGCUGUAGCGUCUCCACUUACGCUUGUUUAGCGGGGUGUCUGAAAACUGGUCUUAUUCGUGUACUACGAGGAUUGUACUUUGCCUUGCUAUCAGCAGCUAUGACAGUAGAAGUUCAUGAUUUUCAUGUACGAGGUAAUCGAUGAUCCAUAUGCUGUUGGCUACAGGCCACAGAACU